AUGACCGACGGAAAGGUACCACCCACUACCAGUGCUUCGAUCAGUUCUUCAAGCACCAUGCACGAGAAAUCCGACGCCGAACAAGCGAUUCUAGCACGCGAAGCUAUGAAGAAAGAUGCGGAGUUGUCAGAGAAACCUUCGGAAACGAUACCGUCGGUUCAUGAAGGCGACAAUGAUCAUCCCAUAGAGUUGAAGAAGACGAAAAGCGCAGCAGAGAUACAGCAGGAGGAGUUGAAUAGAGUUCAUACAAGUCCAGAAGGUGUAGAAUAUCCAACUGGAGUUAAAUUACAGUUGAUUAGUUUGGCUUUGUGUUUAUCCGUUUUCUUGAUGGCUUUGGAUAACUCUAUUAUUGCAACGGCGAUUCCAAAGAUUACUGAUCAGUUUCACUCGUUGGACGAUGUUGGAUGGUACGGAUCUGCAUACUUACUCACCACUGCUUCCUUUCAAUUACUUUUUGGAAAAUUCUACUCAUACUUCUCGAUAAAAUGGGUUUACCUAGUUGCGAUUGCUAUCUUCGAGCUCGGCAGUUUGAUCUGUGGUGUUGCACCAAAUUCAAUUGCGUUGAUCAUUGGUAGAGCUAUUGCUGGUCUGGGUAGUGCUGGAAUCUUCUCUGGUGCUUUGAUCAUCGUCGCAUACUCAGUUCCAUUGGUCAAGAGACCGAUGUAUACUGGUUUAAUUGGAGCUAUGUAUGGUAUUGCCUCUGUUGCUGGACCUCUACUUGGAGGUGUAUUCACUGAUAAAGCAACUUGGCGUUGGUGCUUCUUAAUCAAUUUGCCAAUUGGAGCUGUUACUGUUCUUGUCAUUUUGGUUUUCUUCAAAGCUCCCGAUAGAGAAGCUGUUGCAGUCCUUCCAUGGAGUCAACGCAUAAAGGAGUUCGAUCUUCUCGGUACCGCAUUCUUCAUUCCAGCUAUCAUCUGUCUAUUGCUCGCACUUCAAUGGGGUGGAACCAAAUAUCCUUGGGGCAAUGGACGUAUCAUCGCACUUUUCGUACUUUUCGGAGUAUUGAUCGGAAUAUUCAUCGCCAUCCAGUUCUGGAAAGGAGAUAGUGCCACCGUACCACCCAGCAUCAUGAAGAAGCGAAGCAUGUGGUCUGCUGCAUGGUUUUCUUUCUGUCUUGGAUCUUAUUUUCUCCUUUUGAUCUACUAUCUUCCUAUUUGGUUCCAAGCCGUCAAGGGUGAUUCGGCUGUCAAAUCUGGUAUUUCGAAUAUACCAAUGGUCUUGACCUUGGUCAUUGUCAGUAUCAUAUCCGGUGCUCUUGUCACAACUAUCGGUUACUACGCACCACUUAUGAUUGUUUCUUCUGUCAUCGCAUCCAUUGGAAUCGGUCUCUUAACUACCUUCAAGCCAGAUACUAAUCACGCUGCCUGGAUCGGUUACCAAUGUCUCGCUGGUAUCGGUAUUGGUUUCGGUAUGCAACAGCCCCUUAUAGCCUGUCAAACUGUCCUCGACAUCUCUCAAGUGCCAACCGGUACUUCAGUCAUUAUUUUCGUUCAAACACUCGGAGGAGCUCUAUUUGUCUCUAUUGGCCAAAAUGUGUUUACAAAUAAACUUGCACAGAAUUUGGCACAUUAUGUACCGGAUCUCGAUCCAGCAGUUGUUUUGAGCACUGGUGCUACUAGUAUCCAAAAAGAUAUCGCACCAGAAUAUUUGGCUGGUGUGACAAUUUCUUAUAAUAACGCGUUGACGCAAUCAUUCUUGGUAGCUGCAGUUAUGGCCGCACUUACUAUUAUUGGCAGUGUGGCCAUUGAAUGGAAGAGUGUGAAGGGAAAGAAAAUUGAAAUGGCAGGUGCUUAA